UGAUCGUCACAGUGUCACUAGUACUACCUGACCAGAAGUUCAAAUUCCGCUCAUUGUGGGUGAUAACUUAAUACACCCCUAUUUGUGGUUCAACAUUAACUUUCAACAAUGGUUAACCAUUCAUCCAUAGCGUCACUUCUUUGCCACAUCGCUCGUCUCACUAAGUUGGGUCAGAAAGCGCCGGCGAACCAACAAAACAUCUCACAACCAAUUAUGCCAGACAUUGAAACACAGAACUGCAAUAAUAUCGACCACCCCGCCAUGCGCACGGACCAGAUUUGGGGCGUUAGUCCCGUCAACGCUGAUGGCCAGUGCCUCAUCGACCAGCGGGACAACAUCAUUCACCCCACGAACUUACACAAGGAACCUGGGCCGGCUGUCUCUCGCUUACCAGCCGAACUCUUAUCUAAAAUUUUCAUGCACACACUUCCACCAUUCGAUGAAUUGUUGCCCCCAUCAAAGCUACGAUCUCCCAUGCUGUUGACCAGGAUAUGCAGAAGAUGGCGGGAAGUUGCUGUGGGCACGCCAGGUUUAUGGUGCAGACUGUUUAGUGGGUUUAAGAGCUCCCACUGCGGGCACAGGAAGAAGGAAUCCUUCUGCUACGACACAUGGCUCAAGCGAUCGCAAGGACUUCCACUGUCGUUGGAAAUUUGGUGGUUUACAAAUCCCUUGACCGGCCUUCUUCAGCACUACACGAAUCAAAUUUCGUCUCUUCGUACCGUUUGCUGCGCCGCCACACGUGACCUUCUGUUAAACGACCUCCCAGCACUUCAGGUGCUUACCAUAUAUGGGCAGAUCAACUACUCUCCAUGGAAGAGGAGUACUGUUACACGAUCUAUCUUGAACCACUCAUUCACCCUGCGCAGUCUCAAAGUCAGCUGUCAACCACCAUUCUACUCGGCCGACUUCGAUCCCUUCAAGAAUUCCAGAUGGACCCACCUCACAGAUGUUGAGAUCUACGUUUGCCAACAAAAUGUACUCGUCAGAUUACUGCAGCAGGCUCCCAACCUCUCCUCAGUCAAGAUUUCCAUAUAUAACAUGCACCAUGAACCCCCCUUACUGGUAAAGCACGAGAAGCUUCAACUCUUGCACAUUCGUUAUUUCCAAUCGCUCUCAUCACACCCCUACAUGCUUAAUGCCCUGUCACUCCCCAACUUGCGCAAGUUUGUUGCCGAUGCAGGGAUGCAUCCUGAGUGGCCUCACGAGGAGUUUAAAGAAUUUUUAGUACGGUCAAAGUGUCCUCUGGAGUUCCUGUACCUUGGUGGUGGAAUCAUGACAGACGAGAAGACAGCGGAAUACAUUGCUCUCAUUCCUUCUCUUAAAGUGCUUCCGUUUAGUAGAUGCAAAGUUUAGCAGGUGUCUUUGGUAUUAUAUUCAGUAGCACAGAUUGACAUAACAUGUACUACAGUCAGGUGUUUGUCGUCUAUGGAUUUUACUUGCUUGUGCGUUACGAGAGGCCUUUCUGAUCGAGUUGCGGUUAGAGCAGAUGAACAAGGCUUCGCAUGAACAGUUCCAUUAUUCCUUGUACGUGUACUGACGUCUAGGGCGUACAUCGUGCUAGCUCACCCAA